UGGUCGCACCUGAUCAAGUGGAAAGGCUGAUCAUCGUCCACACAACAAGCGGAACAACCAACGAUAAUCGAAGUCAACGCCAAGUCGUCGGAUAAAAACAUAUGACCGAGUUGCACAGAAUCUAAACCCCUCCCACUGCAAAAGCUGUGAAGACUGUCGUGCAUUUUUAAUUCAACCUUUCCCAACUUCCUCCAUAUUUCCUAUUCAAUUUUAAAUUUCUUGCGUUGGGAAAAGUAGAAAGACAGACCCUUUCCAGUUUCCAUCAUCGCGGUGUCGUAACAAGACAGGUAGAACAGUCACUGGUCCUCCAUUUUUUCGGAACCCCAACGUCGGUUCUUCAAUCUGAAGUAGAUGAAGCAACUGCGAUUGGAGAAAUAACACUUUUGGAUCUCGAUCUCCCCAUUCGCCGGCUUCCAUGGCUAGACCUUCAUGGUUGGUAGACAGCAAUAGAAUUGCAACAAAAAUUAAGAGUGCAUCUGGAACAAACAAUCCUCGAAGUGUUGAAUGGGAAAGCAACCCCAGCAGAAGUUGUCCAAAUUGCCUUCAUACAAUUGAUAACAGUGAUGUUGCUCAUGAGUGGCCAGGAUUACCUAGAGGUGUAAAAUUUGAUCCUUCUGAUCAAGAAAUUAUAUGGCAUCUGCUAGCCAAAGUUGGCAUUGGUGGUUCAAGGCCGCAUCCGUUCAUCGAUGAGUUUAUACCAACAGUCGUUGAAGAUGAUGGCAUAUGUUAUACUCAUCCUCAAAAAUUACCAGGUGUUAAGCAAGAUGGCAGUGUAUCCCACUUCUUUCACAGAGCAAUCAAGGCAUACAAUACUGGAACUCGAAAGCGUAGGAAGAUAACAGACGAUGAUUUCGGAGACGUUCGGUGGCAUAAGACUGGAAGGACAAAGCCAGUGGUCAUUGAUGGGGUUCAGAAAGGGUGCAAGAAGAUCAUGGUUCUAUACAUGAGCUUUGCCAAAGGAGGUAGAGCUGAGAAAACCAAUUGGGUUAUGCACCAAUAUCACUUAGGGACAGAGGAAGACGAGAGAGAUGGAGAAUAUGUCAUUUCCAAAAUAUUUUACCAGCAACAAAAUGUUAAGCAAGGUGAAGUUAUUGAACAGGAAGUUCCUGAAAUCAUUGAUGCCAUAAAAGUCGAUCCCCGCACUCCGAAGUCUGCAACUCCCGAGCCUCCUCGUGUCGAAAGUAGAUGUGUGAAUGUCGAUCCGGAACAGGAUUCUGUUAUCACUUCCACUAGUGCCCUUGCUGAGGUUCAACCUGAAUUUGAGAAGUCAGACAAAUGUGAUACGAACAAACCAGAAGGUUGCUCUGAUGAAGUGAUUGACGAUGACGAAAAUCAAAUCGAGGAAGAACCGAAAUGGUGGGAAGGAGAGUCACAGAACAUAUUGGACUCCCAACAACUUGUGGAAGCAUUGUCUCUGUGUGAUGAUAUCUUUCAGAGCCAGUCUCCCCCUAGGGACGGGAACGCUAACAACCACGGCGCAUCGGGGAGCAAGUCUUGCUUUUCUGAAUAUGCAAAAUUAGGAGCAGAUGAUCUAAGGAAGGAUAUAGAAGAGUGUCAAAAUCUUGUCCUUGAUCCUGCAAACAUAGAACUUGACACACCUCCAGAGUUCAGACUUAGUCAGCUUGAUUUCGGGUCGCAAGAAAGUUUCUUGGCUUGGGGUGGCAAGGCGGCGGAUGAGUAAAUAAUGUGGAUUCUGCAUCUGUUUUGAGAACCUCGAAAGUGGUGAUGUUUUGGCUGACAUUUGCUCAAUGACACUCCUUAAACUCCUUAAAGCUUGUGUUGAAUUUGUUAUGGAACAUUGAAAAAAACAAGACAUUUGUAAAGAAAAACAGAGGAGGUCGAUCCCAAGCUCACAACUUUAAGCCUGUGUUUGUUCGAAAAUUGGUGAUCACAUGAGCUGCCCAACACAAUGGGCUGUAAAAUGAAAGAAAAUGGGUGUCCCCCGGCCCCGACUGCGUGUUGCUGUGUCGACAGGCAUAUUGGAUGGGUGCCUUUGCGUCCACCAUUUUGGUCCCUCUCUCCUUUCUCUUUCUCAUCA